AUGCAGUCUAUGGAAAGACCUGAGCAGGUGAACAAACUGUUUCUGAAUGAUCGACAAGCAAAGAAAAAGGGGACAAAAGGACAGAAACCUGGAAAAGAAAGGAAAUGCUACCGGUGUGGUGGAACUGGUCAUGUUGCACAGGACAAGAGCUUUCCAGCAUUAGACAAGACUUUUAAUAAAUGUGGUAAAGGUGGUCACUUUGCAGCUUGUUACAAGACAAAGUCAACUAAGAAAACUAGUGGAAGACACCGUCCAGAAGGAGCUAAUAAAGUCUCGGAAGAGAAAGAAGAAAGUAACUAUGCGUUUGUGUUGGAUACGAAGAGUAGUAAUGGCUCGAGUGGUGUUGUUGAUUUGUCUGUUGGAGGUGUGCAGUUAAAGAAUGUCCUGAUUGACUCGGGGGCAACAUGUAACAUUGUGGAUCGUGCUACGUGGGAGAGUCUUAAACAGACAGGAGUUAAGUGCAAAUCCCGAAAGUGUGAAAAAAAGCUGUUUGCUUAUGGCCAAACCAAACCAAUCGAGAUUYUUGGAACUUUUGAAAGUGAAAUUCAUUGUGAAGAGUCUGGAGAAAAGUGUGUGGAUGAGUUUACUGUUGUUGAAGGUCGUGGUAAAGCUCUGCUGGGAAAGGAUACAGCUGAGAAGCUGAAUGCGUUGAGAGUUGGACCUCCAAACUCACCACAAGCAUGCUCAAUCACAAGUGAAGGAACUUCUGUGGACAUUGUUAAGAACUUUGCUGAUUUUUUUUCUGGAGUGGGUAAAUUGAAAAAUUUUCAGCUUAAGUUGCAUGUGAACAAUGAUGUUAAGCCUGUUGCACAGCCUGUCAGAAGGUUGCCCUUUGGUUUAAGAGACAAAGUUGACAAGAAACUAGAUGAAUUGCUUAAAGAAGAUAUCAUCGAGGAAGUGCCUAGUGGUCCAACAGAGUGGGUCUCACCUCUGGUGGUAGUACGAAAACCUGAUGGAGACAUACGAGUCUGUGCGGAUAUGAGAAGAGUCAAGGAGGCGAUCGAAAGGGAAAGGCACCCUAUUCCCACUAUUGAAGAGGUUCUACAUGACUUAAAUGGGUCAACAGUGUUCAGUAAACUAGAUUUAAAGUGGGGCUUCCACCAGGUGGAACUUGAAACUGAAUCACGUCGUAUUACAACCUUCAUUACAUACCGAGGUCUUUUUCAAUACAAGAGGUUAAUGUUCGGAAUUACCUCAGCUCCUGAGAAAUACCAGAAAGUCGUCAAAGAUGUGUUGAUUGGCUGUAAAGGAGUUGCAAAUAUUGCUGACGACCUAAUCAUCCAUGGAUGUGGAAUCUGUGCCGUCUUAGAGAACGUGGAUUGA